AUGGAGAGCCCCCGUCUCCGGCCGCUGACCGUCUUGGGUGCCGCCCUGCUUUUUCUGCUACCGCUGUUGGGUGCCCGUGCCCAGGAGGAUGCUGAGCUCCAGCCCCGAGCCCUGGACAUCUACUCCGCCGUGGAGGAUACCUCCCAUGAGAAGGAGCUGAUCGAAGCGCUACAGGAAGUCCUGAAGAAGCUCAAGACUAAAAGUAUUCCGAUCUAUGAGAAGAAGUAUGGCCAAGUCCCCAUGUGCCACGCUGGGGAGCGGUGCGCAGUGCGAAAAGGAGCACGGAUUGGGAAGCUUUGCGACUGUCCCCGAGGAACCACCUGCAAUUCCUUCCUCUUGAAGUGCUUAUGAGGCUUCCACCCUCCUCCAUAAAUCCCCACUGCCUCUGCCUCCCUUGAGAGGACCACACUUUCAUCCCUGGAGUUCGGCUUUAGCAACAAAGUUUGCGUUUCCCUCUGAGAGUUAAAGGGGCUCUUGUCCUGCUGUUCCCAAAUAAAAGAAUACAUUAAAUGUUACUGUGUGAAGGAUAACGCCUUGUAUGGUGUUGAUACAUGUGCAAAGUAUUCUUAUUCAUCUGACAAACUCUUACCCAUCUUUGUGUAGAGAAGGGGAACUUUACUUUGAAAACUGUAUUUUUGUAUGUGGUGUGGCAGGAUGAACAUUAGAUUUAGUUAAUCUUGGUAGGUGACAUCACAACCUGGA